AUGACCGGCCAGAGCCUGUGGGACGUGUCGGAGGCCAACGUCGAGGAUGGAGAGAUCCGCAUCAACGUGGGCGGCUUCAAGAAGCGGUUGCGCUCGCACACGCUGCUGCGCUUCCCCGAGACGCGCCUGGGCCGCCUGCUGCUGUGCCACUCGCGCGAGGCCAUCCUGGAGCUCUGCGACGACUACGACGAUGCCCAGCGCGAGUUCUACUUCGACCGCAACCCGGAGCUCUUCCCCUACGUGCUGCACUUCUACCACACCGGCAAGCUCCACGUCAUGGCGGAGCUGUGCGUCUUCUCCUUCAGCCAGGAGAUUGAGUACUGGGGCAUCAACGAGUUCUUCAUCGACUCCUGCUGCAGCUACAGCUACCACGGCCGCAAAGUGGAGCCCGAGCAGGAGAAGUGGGACGAGCAGAGCGACCAGGAAAGCACCACGUCCUCCUUCGACGAGAUCCUGGCCUUCUACAACGACGCCUCCAAGUUCGAUGGGCAGCCUCUGGGCAACUUCCGCAGACAGCUGUGGCUGGCGCUGGACAACCCCGGCUACUCGGUCCUGAGCAGGGUCUUCAGCGUCCUGUCCAUCCUCGUGGUGCUGGGGUCCAUCAUCACCAUGUGUCUCAACAGCCUGCCAGACUUCCAGAUCCCUGACCGCCAGGGCAACCCCGGCGAGGACCCCAGGUUCGAAAUCGUGGAGCACUUUGGCAUCGCCUGGUUCACCUUUGAGCUGGUGGCCAGGUUUGCUGUGGCCCCCGACUUCCUCAAGUUCUUCAAGAAUGCCCUAAACCUGAUCGACCUCAUGUCUAUCGUCCCCUUUUACAUCACGCUGGUGGUGAACCUGGUUGUGGAGAGCACGCCUACCUUGGCCAACUUGGGCAGGGUGGCCCAGGUCCUAAGGCUGAUGCGGAUUUUCCGCAUCUUAAAGCUGGCCAGACACUCCACUGGCCUCCGCUCCCUGGGGGCCACCCUAAAAUACAGCUACAAGGAAGUGGGGCUGCUUAUGCUCUACCUCUCUGUGGGGAUUUCCAUCUUCUCCGUAGUGGCCUAUACCAUCGAAAAGGAGGAGAACGAGGGCCUGGCCACCAUCCCCGCCUGCUGGUGGUGGGCCACGGUCAGUAUGACCACCGUGGGGUACGGGGAUGUGGUCCCGGGGACCACGGCAGGGAAGCUGACAGCCUCUGCCUGCAUCCUGGCAGGUAUCCUGGUAGUGGUACUGCCCAUCACCUUGAUCUUCAAUAAAUUCUCCCACUUUUAUCGGCGCCAGAAGCAGCUUGAGAGCGCCAUGCGCAGCUGUGACUUCGGAGAUGGAAUGAAGGAGGUCCCUUCCGUCAAUUUAAGGGACUAUUAUGCCCAUAAAGUUAAAUCCCUCAUGGCGAGCCUGACGAACAUGAGCAGGAGCUCGCCAAGCGAACUAAGUUUAAAUGAUUCCCUACAUUAG